AUUGCGGGUGAAGGCGAUUGACAGACUUUUUGUUCGUCUCAUCUUCAGGGGAAGUGGACCGUUUGCAGUCAGAAAACAGCAUCUGAAGGAGUCAUCCAAUGCACCGUAACCUGAACAGCACAGCAUUUUGAACAUGGAAGGAAAAAGCACUGCUCAAAGUGGAGAGAAACCGUGGAAAUGUGGAGACUGUGAGGAGAGAUUCAGUUACCCAUGUGAGCUGGAAACUCAUCGACGCACUCACACUGGGGAGAGGCCAUUUACCUGUUCCGUGUGUGGGAAGGGAUUCUCUCGAUCAUCCCAGCUGAUUACACACCAGCGAGUUCACACCGGGGAGAAACCAUUCACCUGCUCCAAGUGUGGCAAGGGAUUCACUCAGUCUUCCAACCUGCUGACACACCAGCGGGUUCACACUGGGGAGAGACCUUUUCAAUGCCCAGACUGUGGAAAGUGUUAUAGAAGUUCUGGGGACCUGAUGUCCCAUCAACGUGUUCACACUGAUGAGAGACCGUUCAGGUGCUCUCACUGUGGGGCUGGGUUCAGGGGAUCAUUUCAACUCACUGUACACCAGCGAAUUCACACUGGGGAGAGGCCAUUUACUUGCUAUAUGUGUGGCAAAGGAUUCACUCAGUUAUCCCACGUGCUGAGACACGAAAGAGUUCACACUGGGGAAAGACCUUUUGAAUGCCCAGACUGUGGGAAGUGCUAUAAAAGUUCCGGGGAACUGAUAUCCCAUCAACGUAUUCACACUGACGAGAGACCGUUCAGGUGCUUUUACUGUGGGGCUGCUUUCAGGGGAUCAUCUCAACUUUCUGUACAUCAGCGAAUUCACACUGGGGACAGGCCAUUCACCUGCUCUGAGUGUGGGAAGGGAUUCACUCAGUCAUCCACCCUGCUGAAUCACCAGCGAGUUCAUACUGGGGAGAGGCCAUUCACCUGCUCCGAGUGCGGAAAGAGAUUCACUCGAUUGUCCCACCUGCGAGGUCACCAGCGAGGUCACACUGGGGAGAGACCAUUCACCUGUUCCCUGUGUGGGAAGGGAUUUACUCAGACAACCAAACUCAUGUUACACCAGCAAAUUCACACUGAGGAGAGGCCGUUCAGCUGUACUCGCUGUGGAAUGAAAUUCAGGAGUGCAUCCACCCUGCUGAGGCACCAGCAGCUUCAUACUGGGCAGAGGCCAUACACCUGCUCCAUAUGUGGGAAGGGAUUCAGUCAGUCAUCUGGACUUUGCACACACCAGCGAAUUCACACUGAGGAGAAGGCAUUCAGCUGCACUUCCUGUGGAAAGAGAUUCAGGCAGUCAUCCGAGCUCAAUGAACACCAGAGAAUUCACACUGGGGAGAGGCCAUUCAUCUGCACCGUGUGUAGGAAGGGAUUCACUCGGUCAUCCCACCUUCUAAGACACCAGCGAGUUCACACUGAGGAGAGACCAUUCAACUGCAUUUCCUGUGAAAAGAGAUUCAGGCAGUCAUCCGACCUCAAAGCACACCAACGAGUUCACACUGGGGAAAGGCCAUUCACUUGCCGUGUGUGUGGGAAGGGAUUCACUCAGUCAGCCCACCUGUUGACACACCAGCGAGUUCAUAAGAAACUGCAGGAGUCGGAUUCUGCUGUUAUUGUUUGCUCUUAAUCACAUCCAGGAUCGCUAGUCUGACAAUAUUUGGUUUGUUUCUGUUGAUACCAACAAACCCUAUAACUGGCUGGAGUUUAAUAUUGUGGAGAUGUCACUGAUUUUCGGGGCUGCAUUGUCCUUUUUUAAAAACAACAUCUGUGAUCUUUCCCCUUAAUUCAAGAACUCUCACCAGGAACUCAUUUACAAUAAAAUUAUGAUCUUUUACUUCAAUUCUAAAUUGAUCUUUGGUGUAAAAUCUACAUUCAGUGUCUGAAAGGUUCCAUGAUUAACAUCUGCAAUUAGAAAGUGCUGAUUAAUCCUUGCUGACAAUUCUUACUGACUUACAUAUUCUUCACAGUGACACCUCCGUUAUGAAAUUAAAUUAUCACAGAACAUUAAAGAAAACUGUAAAAUAUUUUACAGGCAGUUGUUCAAUAAAAGCUUCAACAAUCAACAUUGAUAUUGAAGAAGUUUGGAAGUCGCUGAGUUCAAUCAUUUCUGACACAACAGCAACAUUUGGUAAAGGUGGAACUGGUUUGAGACCUACUCAGCAGAGAUGACAUCUGUCAUUGAAGCAAAAAGCAAAGGCCACCUGAUGUACAACAUAAACCUAACAGCUGGAACACUACAUAACUUGAAAGUCUCUGAGAUAGUCGUGCAAAAGACAGAGAGUUACUGUGUAAAUAAACAAUGGAUCAGCCUACAUCAAGAAAUCCAAACUGCCUGUGACAACGGAAAUCUGUGUGCUCUGUAUGAUGGGAUCAAUUGGACAUUUGGUCUGAACAUCCCCAAAUUUGCCCUCCUGAAAUUGGCAGAUGGUGGAGUACUCACCGACAGAAGUAAACAGUAUAUAAUUUAACAGUACUGUGAGCUGUACUCCCGUGAGACUCCCAUGAGUCACUGUGGGUGACCUUAAUCUACAUAUAGAUUGAACAAACCAAACGAGCGAUAAUAUUGUGGAGGAGGAUUUCCUGGAGUGUGUACAUGAUAGUUUUUUAGACCAAUACAUUGAGGAACCAACCAGAGAGCAGGCUAUCCUAGACUGGGCAUUGUGC